CUUGUGUUGAUAACACAAAAGCAAGAAACGGAAGCCGAAGAAGAAUUUUGCAGUUUCCCCCAUUUCAGCAAAGCCUCGGAUCUCUAUCGUACGGUAAUGGCGGCCAUGAUUUCACGAAGGUUAAGAUUAACCUUAACCUCUUCCCUCCUAAAGCCCCCACACUCUUCUUCUUCUUCAACCAAUUUCUUAUCCAACAUCCCUAAAACCCCAAUUCCCCCAAACCCCUUUCCACGCCCCACGCUCCUCAGGUUUCUCUCAACCAAAGACUCCAACCAAAUCCCAAGCCCAGGCCCAGGCCAAGGCCCAAGCCCAAGCCCAAGCCCAUACCCGAGCCAGAACCCAAACUUCAAGCAUCAGGAGAUCGAAGGGCCGACGGUGGAGCGAGAUCUGUCGUCGGUGGCGAAGGAGACGCGGGAGGUGCUGGAGUCGAUGAUGAAGAACAUGUACAAGCUAAGCGGCGUGGUUUUGGGCCUGGGCCUGGUCCACCUGGGCCUGGGGGCGUGGAUAACGUACCUGACUAAGUCGGAGCCGAUGGCGGAGGUGACGACGCAGAGCCUCCUUGCGUUCGCGUUUCCGUUCUCGGUGGCGUUCGUGGUGCGGCGCGCGCUGAAGCCCAUGCACUUCUUCAAGAAGAUGGAGGACCAGGGCAGGCUGCAAAUUCUCACGCUCACGCUCCAAGUCGCUAAGCAGUUCAAUACUCUCUUUCUCAGGCUUCGUGUGGUUUCGAUCCUCUGCGUCGCUGCCGUUGCUGUGGGAGCGCUCGCUGCUGUGUCUUCAAGAUGGGCCUGAUUUUUUUUUUUUUU